AAAACGUCGCUUGGGCCAGUAUGAAGAAGGCGAAAGUGUGCCGUGUAUAUAAGGCCCUGAACAACUAGCAAUCAGCAUCCAGUUCACUUCUGGACGUACCCGGAAUCUACAUUUAUUUCAAAAUGAUGAGAUUGUUUGUGUUGGCUCUCUUGGCCACCGUGGCAUUUGCCGAUGAGGAGAAAAAAUCAGUUGCUGAUACUGAAACCAAAGCUGAAGAACCAGCUAAAAAAACCGAAAAACGUGGUAUUUCUGGUCUUGGUUAUGGAUAUGCAUAUGAUGGUGGUUAUGAAAUUGGUGCUGGAUCAUCUGGACCACACGGUGAUUUAGAUUUGAGCCAACUUGGUGGUUAUGGUGGUGAUUAUCAUGGAGAACAUGUUGUUAAAACUGUAACACUUGUUAAAAAUGUACCAUAUCCAGUUAAGGUACCUUAUCCAGUCAUCAAAGAACAUGUCAAACAUGUAGACAGACCUUAUCCAGUUAAGGUUCCAGUUCAUGUACCAGCUCCAUAUCCAGUCCAUGUUAAGGUUCCAGUUCAUGUUCCAGCACCAUACCCAGUCGAAGUUGAAAAGAAAGUAUACUACCCUGUCGAGAAAAAAGUAUACGUCGACCGACCAGUACAUGUUAAGGUCCCAGUCCAUAUUCCACAACCAUACCCAGUUUACAAAGAAGUAAUCAAAGAAAAACACGUACCAGUUGACCGUCCAUACCCAGUCAAAGUACCAUACCCAGUUGAAAAAAUCGUCCACCAAAAAGUGUUCGUUGACAGACCAUACCCAGUUGAGAAACAAGUCUUUGUUCCACAACCUUAUGCAGUUGAAAAAAAAGUACCAGUACCAUACAAAGUCUACGUCAAAGUUCCAGUAAAAAUACCAGCCCCAUUCCCAGUUGAAAAAAUUGUUCACUAUCCAGUACAUAUUCCAGUUGACAGACCAGUUCCCUACAAGACUCACGUUCCAGCACCUUAUCCAGUUCAAAAAACUGUUCAUCAUGAAGUCAAAGUACAUGUUCCCCAACCAUACCCAGUGGAAAAAAAAAUUCCAUACCCAGUAAAAGUGUAUGAGCAUGUACCAGCGCCUUAUCCAGUUGAAAAGACUAUUCCAUAUCCAGUCAAGAUACCAGUUGAACGUAAAUACCCAGUACCCGUUAUCAAACACGUACCAUUUGAAGUUAAAAAACACGUGCCCUAUCCAGUAAAGGUACCAUAUCCAGUUCAUAUUCACGAACAUCAUGAACAUCAAGAACCAGAACAUCAUGAAAUUUCAUCGGGUGGUGAUUAUGGUGGUAGUUCAGGAUACGAAUCCCAUCAUGGUUAUUAAUUAACUCGUUUGAAUUUUAUUCAAUAUAUUAUAUAGCUCAUAAUUAGCUCGUUAAAUGAAUUUUUUUUUACUCCUAAUUUUCAUCACAAAAUAAUUUGAUAAUAAUUAUGUAACUCGUGAUUCACCGUGAAUACUUAAUAAGCCGUUUUUUUUAAAUAAUCAAUUGUUUAUUCGUGAAAUACAAUUAUUUCACUAAAUAAAAUUCAAUGGAAUUCAAGUGAUAUUAUAUAAUGCGAAUCAAAACGACCUGAUUAGAAAUUUAUAUUAUUUUUGUA